UUGUCGUAUUUUUUGGAAGCUUCGAUUUUGAGAUCAAUUUGUUAAGGUUUCACCUCAAUAUGCUUGAGGUUUUGGGAGUUUCUUCGCCUACUUUUCUUCAGAAUUUGAUGAAGACAGCCUUUUGGGCUUGUUGAGCUCGAGCUUGUCGGCUCGGGCUAGCUCAUUACAUAUACAAGUUCAAGUUCGAGCUCGAGUUAGAAAAAAAUUUCGAGCUUGAACUCACAAGAAAUAAUCGAAUUGGAUUUGAGUUUGACUCAUUUAUAUUCAGUAAAACAAAAAAGCACCGUUUUUUAUUUUUGGCGGGAAAACGUGUUAAUAUUGUUAAAGAAAAUCAAGAAAAAGAAACAAGAAAUCAAGAUAUCAUAAAACCGUUUCCCUCCUUAGGGCUUGAAUUUGGGGGAGAACGGAAUAUCACAAACUCGCACUCGUCCAGUGAUCGAGAAGAAAGAAAUUGAGAACAUGGAGAAGCGAAGGCGAACCGGAGGAGAGGGCGGCGAUCGGGGAAUGGAAGAGAACACGAUGGCCAUUCUUGACACUUCCGGUUUCAAUAAUUCUAAAAUCUCUGACCACCUCAACGACGAUCGGCGUGCUUUUCUGGAGGCUGUUCGCACUGCUUCUCUUCUACCGGACAAUGGAAGUGCACCCACGCGAAAAAUGUUUGAGGCCAUUUUUCAUAUACUGAAGGAUGCUGAUUCUGUUGACUUAAUAAUUGAAAGUUACCAGCUUCUCAUUGAAUUAGAUAAGCGCUUCCCUCGAGUGUACCUAUCCAAAGGAGAACAAUCAGAUUCAAUGUCACCUUUAAAAGCUGUCUCCCAAAUUGUUAUGGUUGAAGAGGCUUGGUUCCCUUUUAAUUUUGGGUUGGACAGUUACAAUGAGAAGGUGGAAGCCAGAAAUCCUUCAAGAAGUUCAGUGGAUUCCUCGGGUUUCCAUGCUUUAAUACAAGAAAUUGCCAAAGUGGCUACAGAGAUGAAGUCUGAAACAGUAGGAACAACAUUCUUGAAGAACAUGUUACUGCUUCAAUACCUAAUUACUGUUCUUGAAGGAGAUUUCUUGCCUCGUAAUUGCUCGUAUCAAGAAAAUAUGAACUGGAUUAUCUUGAGGGAGUCACUGCUAAACAUGCUUCUGGGCUCAAGAAAAAUAGUUUACAAAGGAUUGGUGAAGGAUUGUUUGUCUCUCAUGUGUGACCUGUCUCAAUUGACUGUAUUUUCUGAAGAAACUGGCUACCUCAAAAAUUCUUCAGGGAAGCAACACCAUGAAAUUGAUUAUGCUAUGGCAUUAGCUUUACCUGAAGUGAAAAAGUGUACAUGCACUGUCCUGAAGACACUUUUAAUCAUGGAGCUAGAUUCAUCACGACGGAUUGCUGAUCAUCAGGGUCUUACUACCAGGGCUGAUGGCGUUAGGACCCCAGUAGUGGACAUCAUUUUGGAUGAACUCAUUUAUGACAAUGAUAUUCUUUUUUCUUUUCUUCAGGUGUUUGAUCCAAAAUGGAAGCUGGAAAUUGUUGUACAAUAUUUCCUGAAGUACAUUACGAAAUAUUCUGUUCAAACAAGGAGGUCAAGUGGUAUGGUCAAUAUUGAGAAUCUUGAUGGAGUUUUGAAGUGCUUGUCCAACAGGACCAGCACGAGAAGUAUCAUAAAAAAGAUUAGCACAGAGUUAAUUCAGUUGCUCUUGGCCUAUGCUUUCCAGGCGUAUCUGCUGCUGUCAUAUCAACAUCUCUCUAAAGGCUUGUCAGAUAAACAGGAAGAUGACAAAAGCAACUGUAUUGUGGAAGUCUGCAAAAACAUGAUAUCUGCUUUUACUUGUCUCAGACAAGAAAACCCGGACACUGAGAUUUUGUGUAUUGGAAAGGAAGCGCUAUUUACAGCUGCUGCCAUGCUCUCAAAAAAAUCUUAAGGAUGUUAGUUGUUAUUAAUGGAACAUGAAGGCAGUCAGCAGAAGUGAUCUAUGUGGGUAUACAGGACAUUCAAGAAUCUGUUUGCUACAACGAUAUCUAUAAAAAUCUGUUUGUUGUAUAUAAAGAGAAACUAAUCUCAGUAGUGACCAUCUAAGAUUUUAUGGCCACAGUUCUUUUUGCUCCUGAAGUAGUGGUAGAAAGGUCCACAGAUCUGGGCACAAAUGCACGCACACAAGAAUGGUAGUUUGAUUUGGCAUGCUUUACUUUUGGUUUUUUAUUAUGUCUCAACAUGCUUGUGAGUUUUUUGUUCUACAAAAAUAACGUAAUUCUGUUUUGAGUGUUUGAUAAUUUUCAAAUCUAGGGAGUUUGGAGAUUACCCAAUUUAACUUAGCGUUGGUAUUGUUUUAAUUUCAGAGGUCAGAUAGCAAGUAAUCUUAGGUCCAAAGUAAAUUUGAAAUGAUAGUAUUAACAGUUCGCUUGAUCCUAUUUUCGUAAGUGCACGCCCGUUAUCUGUAAAAGCUGCCGCAGUAAAAACAUUAAUGAUUCUCUUUGUUUAGUCUUACCACUAAUUAGCGUGUCUCUCCUUACAACAAGAGAGACCAAA